CAACCCCUACAAGUGAGUUUGUUCAAUGAGUAGUAGGGUCUCCUAAUUUCAAUUUCAUUUAGGGUUCUUCUUCUUCACUUCCACAGCAGCAGCAGCCAUACACUCAAAAUUGUUAGGGUUUUCUUCUCUUACACUAGAACGAUCUUCUGUCAACAAAAUGGCCGAUGCAACGAGGAUCCAAAGGGAACUGACGCAUUUCAACAAAGAUCAAAGCAUAGUAGGCAUGACUUUAACUCCCGACGAGAACGACAUUCGCCACCUCACCGCCACCAUCCCCGGCCCUCUUUCCACUCCCUACGAAGGCGGAUUAUUCGGUGUCGAUAUUACUUUACCAGAUGGGUAUCCCUUUGUGCCUCCUAAAAUGAAGUUCACUACAAAAGUUUGGCAUCCAAAUAUCAGUAGCCAAACUGGAGCUAUAUGUCUUGAUAUCCUAAAGAACAACUGGAGUCCAGCUCUAAACCUGAAAACCGCUCUGAUUUCCUUACAAGCUCUGUUAUCAACCCCGGAACCAAACGAUCCCCAAGAUGCUGUUGUUGCCAAACAGUAUCUUAGCGAUAAUGCUACAUAUGUUGCUACAGCUCGGCGUUGGACAGAGGACUUUGCCAAGGCUUCAUCCAGUGGGUUCAGUGGGAAGGUGCAGAAGCUGGUUGAAAUGGGGUUCCCUGAAGGGUUGGUAAAAAAGACGCUGGAAGCUUUUGGCGGUGAUGAAAACAUGGCACUUGAACGGUUGUGUCGGAAAUAGGGUGCUUAUUUGUAUAGUUGGUUUGCUCUGAUAGGAACGGAGGUAUGGAUGAAUUGGAACUUCUAAUCUGGAACGGAUUUAUAUUUAUGAUAAUCACGUAUAUUUGGAAAUGUUUUUCUA